GGGAUAGUUUCGCAAGUCGCGACGAUAGUCAUCAUUCAGUUUUCAGUCGUGUCUCAACCACCUCACUAACAACAUGUAUCUUUUUUUGUUAUUCGUCUAAAUAAAUGAUAUUUAUCGAAAUGUAGAAAAUGUUAUCUUAAAAAAAAGUUUAUUUAUUGUGAACAGUUAGUGCUAUAAUUCACUGCAACAUUUAUUUAUUGCUCUGUGUAAUAAUUUUAAUUAAAAAAUAAUAUAUUAAGUUAAUUUAAAUUCGAAAUACGUUUUAUUUUCAAAAAGUACAAAAAGAUGGCUUGUCCUUUAUCGGAUGGUAUUGCGGAAGAUCAUGAUCAAGAGAACGAUCAAUUGGCUGAAGGUAUGCUAUAUGGUGAAUACCUUCGGUUGGAUAAAAUUUUAACCGCACAAAGGUUACUGAGCGCUGAAUAUAACAAAGAAGUGCAUGAUGAACAUCUUUUUAUCAUCACUCAUCAGGCAUACGAACUUUGGUUCAAACAAAUUAUCUACGAAUUAGAUUCAGUCAGAGCACUCUUUAACUCCGAACCAAGCAACUUUGGCGCUUUGAAUGGUACUUCUAACUGUCAUACUUCCAUUCAGAAAAACAGAAUUUCCGAAGUUUUAGACGAAUCAAGAACUCUAGAAAUUUUAAAAAGGUUAAAUCGCAUCGUUCUCAUUUUAAAAUUAUUAGUGGACCAAGUGACAAUUUUGGAAACUAUGACACCGUUAGAUUUUAUGGCAUUCAGAGAUUAUUUAUGCCCAGCCUCAGGAUUUCAAUCGCUACAAUUUCGUUUAUUGGAGAAUAAAUUAGGUGUAAAACAAGAGCAUAGAGUUAAGUAUAAUCAAAAUUACACCAGAGUGUUCGGAAGAGAUCCAAAAGCUAUUGAGGCGAUUAAACGUUCAGAAGAAGAACCUAGUCUCAGUUGUCUCGUUCAAAAAUGGUUAGCAAGAACACCAGGUCUUGAAACUCACAAUUUCGAUUUUUGGGAAAAAUACAAAAGAUCCGUGGAAAAUCUGCUCGACGAACAAGAGCAACUUGCUCGAAAAUAUACAAAGGAGCAACUCAGAAAUUAUCAUUUAGCAAAUGUACAUUCUCGAAAAGCAGUAUUCGAAACGAUCUUCAAUGAAUCUCUUCAUAAUGCACUUGUAUCUCGAGGAGAAAGAAGAUUCGCGUAUGCUGCUCUUCAAGGAGCAGUAUUAAUCACAUUAUAUCGAGAUGAACCAAGAUUUAGUCAACCUCACCAAAUUUUGAACGCAUUAAUGGACAUUGAUUCUUUAAUUACUAAAUGGAGAUAAUCAUGUUUUAAUGGUUCAAAGAAUGAUCGGAUCUCAACAACUCGGAACAGGAGGAUCUUCAGGAUAUCAAUAUUUAAAAUCAACUUUAAGGUUAAAAAAAAUAUAUUAUAUAUUUAUAAAAAAUAUUAUAAUAUUAUUAUUAUAAUAGACACAUUUCAUCAAUAAUUUCGAUUUUUCAUCAAUAGUGACAGGUACAAAGUAUUUUUGGACUUAUUCAAUCUAUCCACGUUUUUGAUACCUCGUCAUAUGAUUCCACCAUUAACGAAAGAAAUGAAAUCAAUGUUAUCUGUUUCCUGCAAUGGUUGGAAUUCAGAUGAUAAUUAAAACAAUUUUAAAUGUAAAAUGGAUAUAAAAAGAAAUGAUGAUUAUAAUUUGAUAAUACCUUAAAUAACAGAAUACGUAAGUAUUAAGAUAAUAGAAAUAUCGAAGGCAUAAUAUAGUGUCGACAAUAAAUUUAUAUUUUAUUUUAUUAUAGUAUUUUAUUAAAAUAUUUAUAAAAAAAAUAUGUAAAUGACUGUAUAAAGAUAAAUAUACAGUACAAUAUUAACAUAAAUAUUCUGUUAAUUGUAUAACAAAUAUUAGAAUUAUAAUUUAAUAUAUCUUAUUAUUAUUAUUAAUA